AAAAAGUUACUGGAAGGUUUUUGAACAAGCUGUGGAGUACAAGAUCCUGACCCAGUCUCCUAAAGAGGAUAGCGGGGCUGGCCGCGACAGGGGAAGGCCCCUAAACACAGAAGACUUUCUCAGAAGAUUUCAAGCACCCGUUUUUCACAGCCCCGACACCCCUCUACGGAGCAUGAUUUCCAUGAGACCAUCAGAGAGUGACUGAUACUCUGUUUCAGUGACAAGAAAAGGUUUGCCUUUAAAAGAAGAGGAAAAGUCAGAAGUCAUCAAAACAAUGUAAUAUCCUGUGUGAAAUGUUUGAGGUUUGAGUCCCUUGAUCAUGUGCCCCGCGAGAAGUAAGUCGGCGGUGGUGGCCGCGGAUGACGAGUCGAGUCACUCAAGUCUGUCUUCAGCUCACCUCACACUUGGGCUUCUCGGGGAGGAGGGGCUGGAGCUGCUGCCCACCUCAGCACCAUGAUCCUCAGGCUGCUCCUGGCUCUCAACUUCUUCCCCUCAAUUCAAGUAGCAGAAAACAAGAUUUUGGUGAAGCAGUCGCCCAUGCUUGUGGUAAAUGACAAUGAGGUCAACCUCAGCUGCAAGUACACGUACAACCUCUUCUCAAAGGAGUUCCGGGCAUCCCUUUAUAAGGGAGCGGAUAGCGCCGUGGAGGUCUGUGCUGUGAAUGGAAACCACUCCCAUCCACUUCAGUCAACAAAUAAGGAAUUCAACUGCACCGUGAAAGUAGGCAAUGAAACAGUGACCUUCUACCUCCAGGACCUGUAUGUCAACCAAACGGAUAUUUAUUUCUGCAAACUUGAGGUUCUGUAUCCUCCUCCUUACAUAGACAAUGAAAAGAGUAAUGGCACCAUUAUCCAUGUGAAAGAGAAACAUCUUUGUCCAUCUCCCCGGUCUCCUGAGUCUUCUAAGCCAUUUUGGGCCCUGGUGGUGGUAAACGGAGUGCUAGUUUUCUAUAGCUUGCUAGUAACAGUGGCUCUCUCUAACUGCUGGAUGAAGACUAAGAGAAACAGGAUGCUUCAGAGCGACUACAUGAACAUGACCCCCCGCAGGCCAGGGCCCACCCGAAGGCACUACCAGCCCUAUGCCCCAGCACGGGACUUCGCGGCCUACCGCUCCUGACACGGACGCCUAUCCAGAUGCAAGCCGGCUGGCCUCUCUUCACCUGCUCAACACCACUGCUCUGGAUAGGAAAGGCCUGCCUUGUCUUCAGCCAGCCACCUUGGCCUCCUGUUAGGCCGCUGACGCCAAAUUUUCUUGAAUGACUAGACCGAAGAACGUCAUUUUGAGAUCUGAGAUGAAGUGAAGGAAUAUUACUGUGGCAGACUCUAUCUCAUAGUGCCACAGUCCAAAUUCAAACUCAUCGUGUAUUUAUUGACUGGAUUGAGAGGUUAGGGUCGAAAACCAAAAGUGAGUGGAUUCUGUUAAGCCUUGAAAUCUGCCUCCAGUUCCUCUCCUUUCUAACUCACCCGCACGUUGUGGUCAAGCGAAGUGUGAUCUCGAAAGACUUUUUCGAUGGAGAAGAAGUUAGGAAAUCACUCCCUUUGAUGAAAUGGGGAUUUAAGGUGGGGAUAGGUUAGAAAGGGGGAGGGAGUGGUGAGACAUAAACAUUUUUAAAACCAUUAAAACACUGUCUCUCACUCAUGUAAUGAGCCACUUAGUUCCUAUUUAAUGCUGUUUUAGUUUGUAAAGAUGUAGAUACUCUUUUUGAAUUCUGGCCCUAUUUGGUCAUUUUGACCAAGAGAUUCUCUUCAGAGUCAUGGAAGGCAAACCAACUUGCUUUCCUUGCUCCCUAUGAUGGGAACUCAAUGUAGUCUUCACAAUAUGAUUUUGAAAGAAUAAAGUAGUCCUCCCACACCAAGGAAGAAUGUGUCAGGAAAUAAGGUCACUUUAGGUCAAAAAUUAUUUGAAUACUAUGAAGGGCUAUUUGUUCAGCAGCUCAUUUCAGUCCAAUCAUACAGGGCCCUCUUCUGUUCCUGUAUUUUAGGUCUACACAGUUGGUUUCUUUAUUGUCUGCGAGGAAGUCUAAAGUGGGAUGCAGAGGGAACAUCCAGAGAGAGAAGUAAAGAUACUGUGAAAGAAAGAUGUUAGCAUCCAUUAGAACAGGAGAGAUGAGUCCUGAGAAGCUUCUGAAGGAGGGAGAACAGAAGGGAAUGACACAAUUCUUGCCGUGCUGAGGGGAUGGCCAGCAUUUGGUGGGAGUUUUCCAGAAACAGCAGGCAGAAGGAGUCAUGAUGAGAACUCCUUUCUGGGAUUUUUGGGCUUUAAGACUCAGAGCUCCAGAAAUCUGUGGUUCAGCCGUCUGUUUACCCUGGAGGUCCUUCGACAUGGAAAGAUAUUUGAUGCUUUUGAGAUAGCAUCAAAGUUCUGAAGACACUGCAAGGCCAGACCCUGGACACACUAUGGAUAUUUUUCUGGUUCCAGUUUGGGUCAUCUGGAGUAUGUCUGGGGACCUUGAAGAACAGCUUUACUGUUGCCAUAAUAAUCUGUUCAGUGCUUUGAUUCAUUCAGAUGUUGGAGAAGUCUAGGUUUUAGAGGCAGGUAGACCUGGUUCAAGUUCUAUUGCUAGUUGGCCUCAGGAGAGUCACUGCCUUUCUAAAACUCUGAUUCUCCAACUAUAAAAUGAAGAUAAUGAGCACAAAAGUCUGUUUCUAUACUAUCAUUUCCAUGAGGGCAUGUCCCAAGUUUGUCUUUUUUUUUUUUUUCUGCUUGUCCCUGGCACGUAGUACCAUGCCUAACAUAUGUUAGCUAUUAUUAUUCUCGUGUAGAUAACCUAUGUAUAAAAAUUAAGCUGGGCAAUGACCUGAGAAAGAAGAGACUGUUAUAACACAAAUUUAAACCCACUACCCAGGGAUGAGGUGCUACAAAAUUUGAGAGCCUCUAAACUCCCUUGCAUUCCCUGUUUCAAAAUACUUUAGCUUGUAAUAAAAAUGUACAGCAUUCUGCCUCCCA